AAAAUAACCAUUCCAGACAUUACAUUUACUCCACUCGGCACAGAAGACAUGAGGAGAGAGCAUGGACUUGUGGGCUCUGCUGGUCUCUCUGUGCAUCAUCACAGUGGUCCUGUGUCAUAACGAGGAGGAGGAUCUUCUUAAUGACCUAAUGGAUGGAUAUAACAAGAAUUUGCGUCCAGCAAAACAUCAAAGUGACAUUAUCAGUGUGAGCCUGAAGCUGACGCUUACAAAUCUCAUCUCCUUGAAUGAGAAAGAAGAGGCUCUAACCACCAAUGUCUGGGUUGAAAUGCAAUGGACAGACUAUCGUCUGCGUUGGGACCCCGAGAGAUACCAUGGAAUCAGCAUGAUGAGAAUUCCCUCUACUAUGGUCUGGCUCCCAGACAUUGGCCUGGAGAAUAAUGUGGACGGCACCUUUGACAUUGCUUUAUACACAAACACAUUAGUGUCCUCUGAUGGCUCAAUGUACUGGCUGCCUCCUGCAAUCUACCGCAGCUACUGCCCUGUUGUGGUCACCUAUUUCCCAUUUGACUGGCAGAACUGUUCCAUGGUGUUUCAGUCUCAGACGUACAAUGCCAAUGAGAUUGAACUUCUUCUCACUGUGGAGGACGGGAGGACUAUUGAGUGGAUUGUUAUAGACCCUGAAGCUUUCACAGAGAAUGGCGAGUGGGUGAUAAAACACAUACCAGCCAAGAAGUUGAUAAACCAUCAUCUCAGUCCAGAUGAUAUAAAUUAUCAGGAGAUCGUCUUUUAUCUCAUAAUUCAAAGGAAACCUCUAUUCUAUGUCAUCAACAUCAUAGUUCCCUGUGUGCUCAUCACAUUUGUCAGUGUUUUGAUCUACUUCUUACCAGCCAAAGCUGGUGGGCAGAAAUGUACUGUGUCCAUUAACAUAUUAUUGGCUCAAAUUGUCUUCCUCUUCCUUAUUGCCCAGAAGAUUCCUGAGACUUCCACGGCUGUGCCUCUAAUUAUAAAAUAUCUGACUUUUCUGAUGGUGAUAACCAUCGCUAUUGUUGUCAAUGCUGUGAUUGUUUUAAAUAUAUCUCUACGGACACCAAACACCCACAGUAUGUCAAGUACUGUCCGAGAGAUAUGCCUGAAGAAGGUUCCUCGCCUUCUAAGAAUGCACCUCCGCCCAAGUGACGCUACACAUUCAUUACCACCUCGCCUACGUCGCAGCAGCUCCCUGGGGCUGAUGAUGAAGGCAGAAGAGUAUAUGAUGAGGAAAUCACGCAGUGAACUGAUGUUUGAGAAGCAGAAAGAAAGAGAUGGGCUCAUGAAGGUUGUGUUAGAAAAACUAGGCAGAGGUAUGGAAAAUGGUACUAUAGAUGGUUUCGUUCAUAACCUGAGCCAUGCCACUCCAGAGAUCCGAGCCAGCGUGGAGGCCUGUAACCAUAUUGCCAGGACCAUCAGGGAGAAAAAUGAGUUUCAAAGUGAGAAUGAAGAGUGGAUACUGAUGGGUCGAGUUAUUGACCGGGUCUGUUUCUUGGUCAUGUUCUUCCUUUUCAUCCUAGUUUCAGUUGGAACAUUCCUGUCUGGCCACUUUAACCAAGCACCAGCGCACCCUUUUCCAGGAGAUCCAAAACUCUACCUACCAUAGUGGCAGUUGAAACAAUGAUGUUUUUUUAGGAAUAUUUACCUCACAUAAUAGUGAGACAUCAGUUACGGAUUGUGGUCCACUUUCAGUACUCAGAUUAUCACAUUGUCUGAAAGUCAGGAAUUUGUGCAGAAUCCACAAUGUGGUCCACAGAGAACUGGUCGGAGAUGGAUUGGGAUGUUCCUGAUGGCAUCAACAUUGGAUACUAGUCAUUGCACCUAGAUGUUGAAGACACUUGUCUAUUAAUGGUUUUAGAUAAGGUGACCAUUAAAUUAAUAAUGGAAAAGAGGAAUGGGAUUCUUUUCUGCGGCUUAGUAUUGCUUGCAUUGAAAGAAAGCAGAAGGUUUGAGAAAUGUUGGUUUUGUUCCUGUUUGCUCUGUAAAAAAGUACAACAUGUAAUAAAUAAUAACAAACUGUUGUAUUUACACUUACAACAAAUACAGCAAAGUCUGUCAUAAAAUAUUUUUUAUUGUAAA